GGUCUGCCGGCCGUCGCGACGCUUCGCCGCCGCGCCGCUACGCGCCUCGCACCGUAUCAUGUGGGAGACGUGUGAGAUGCAUUGCUGAACGGCACCGUCGCUGUGCGCUCAGCUGGGCCCUGUUUCCUCGUAGGACUGCGCCCUCGUGCGCCCUCACGCGUCCCUUUCCUGAUUUAACGCGUCGAACCUGUGUACAUAGUGCAGUGUGCCACUGGGACAUUGUUUUGUGUACUACCCGUGCUGAUCUAUUUUGAAUACACUUUUCAAUCGUGGGAAUUGUCACUUAACGAUGCUUCGGUACUUUCGAAGAUAAUUAGAUGGUGAUUUUGAAUAUAAAUAAAACGACAUCAAGUGGAAUUCAUUUUCGGAUUCAAAAAUUAACUCUUCCAUCUCCUCGUACUUUAACUCCUUUCCUUGAUUACUUUGAACUACUAGUUUAAAAUACGACUGACAUAUCGAUACUCUAAACUUAUCUUCUAAAUUUGAAGACUGAUAGAACUUUUUUACUCUACUGUUGUCCCUGUCCUUAAAACAAGUGCCAAAGAGAACGGGAACCACCAAACCUUGACUGGGUAAGUUUGUGCUGCGUGAAAUUUGAAGUGUGACACGAAUGGUGAUCAUAGACAGCGAAUGUGCAAACGUGUGCCUGUGCACGUGUGGUAGUGUGGCGUGUGGCGUGGGCGCCUUGGGUCGGAGGGCGCGCAAAGCACCAAGGUGGUCGGAGGCGGGGUGUUCCGUUGCUGCGUGCCCUUGUGUGGGGCGCGCGCGGCGGCGCCCGUCGACGACGCCGACUAUGCCCUCAGGGAGGGCAGCCCGCAGCAAGCCCUAGACGAAUAUGUCGCCCCAGAGCCUGUAAUAAGCUCGCCGCGUCCGAUCGGUCAACAAUCUCCUUUACCGGGGAUCGAGGAAGAAGACGAUUCCGAUUGGCCGUUGGAAGACGCAACGGACGUGACUAUCACGCCUUCGUACAAGAGUACUAAAAGUAGCACGGAUACAGCUUAUACGUCAUCUAGGAGUUCAGGGAAGAAACGUUUUGGAAGCCCAUCAUCAGUGAAGAUAUGCAUAUCAGCAGCGGCUAGGAAGUCCAAUAAAGCCCGUAAGCGUGGCGCCGCGGUUUCGUCGGCUGCGCAGGCCGGCGAAGAAGCCGCGCCCACACUUUUGCCCACACACGGCAGGAUGCAAGCCGAACAGGGCAGCAUCGGGGAGCUGCAGAAGUACCAUGGCAGGUACCUCAAGAGCCGGCGGCACACUUUGGCUAAUGUUCGCUUCGAUGUGGAAAAUGGUGGAGGCGCGGGCGGCGGCGCGGGGGGCGCACGCUCGCCCCUCGAGGGCGGCUCGCCGUCAACCGCGCUCGUCCUUCAAGCCAUGCCGCAGCGCCGCGAGUCUUUCCUAUACCGCUCAGACUCCGACUUCGAGAUGUCGCCCAAGUCUAUGUCAAGAAACAGUUCGAUUGCCAGUGAAAGAUUCAAGGAGGCAGAGGCGGCACAACUGGACAGAGCCCACGGCGAAGACCUGAUCGUGACGCCGUUCGCGCAGGUGCUGGCCAGUCUGCGUAGCGUUCGCAACAACUUCUUAUGUCUUACCAAUGUACCUGUCGCCAAAUCACGAAGAUCGUCGGGUGCAGCAACAGCUGUUACUCCACAACCAAAGAAUUUCAAUCCUGGAGACGAAGCCUAUAUGAAGCUAGCACUGGAAACAGUGGAAGAGCUCGACUGGUGUCUGGACCAGCUCGAGACCAUACAAACUCAUCGCUCAGUCUCCGAUAUGGCUUCGCUCAAGUUCAAACGGAUGUUGAACAAGGAGCUGAGCCAUUUCUCCGAGUCGAGCAAGUCCGGAAACCAAAUCUCGGAGUAUAUUUGCUCCACUUUCUUGGACAAGCAGCAAGAACUCGACUUACCUUCAUUGCAAGUUGAUGAGAGCUCUGAACGUGCCAAGAAAAAGGAAAAACCCCGUCACAGCGGUCCUGGAACAACCAUGUCACAAAUAUCUGGCGUCAAACGGACGUUGACUCAUACAAACAGUUUUACGGGCGAACGAGUUCCAAGAUAUGGAGUUGAAACACCUCACGAAGAAGAACUUGGUCGACUUUUGGGUGAACUUGACCGUUGGGGAGUUGACAUUUUCCGCAUCGGUGACCUGUCGUGUGGCCGACCCCUUACUGCCGUCGCUUACGCUGCAUUCACUUCCAGAGAGCUACUCACCACUUUACAAAUUCCGGCACGCACAUUCUUAGCCUUCGCUGUGACAUUAGAAGAACAUUACGUCCGUGAUAAUCCUUUCCAUAACUCACUUCAUGCUGCAGAUGUUACACAAUCAACAAAUGUACUACUUAACACACCGGCUCUGGAUGCCGUAUUUACACCUAUUGAAGUAUGUGCAGCAUUGUUUGCAGCUUGUGUACAUGACGUAGACCAUCCUGGCCUCACGAAUCAGUUCCUGGUCAACUCUAGCUCAGAGCUGGCGCUUAUGUAUAAUGACGAGUCUGUACUAGAAAAUCACCAUCUUGCCGUAGCGUUUAAAUUACUUCAAAAUGAUGGAUGUGACAUAUUUGUUAACUUGCAUAAGAAGCAAAGACAAACACUACGAAAAAUGGUCAUAGAUAUGGUGCUUUCAACUGAUAUGUCGAAGCAUAUGAGUCUACUUGCAGACUUAAAGACUAUGGUCGAAACAAAGAAAGUUGCUGGCAGCGGAGUAUUACUAUUAGACAAUUACACAGAUAGAAUACAAGUUUUGGAGAAUCUCGUACAUUGUGCCGAUCUUAGUAACCCUACGAAGCCAUUACCUUUGUAUAAGCGAUGGGUAGCGUUACUCAUGGAAGAAUUCUUCCAACAAGGAGAUCGUGAAAGAGAGCAUGGCAUGGACAUUAGCCCUAUGUGUGAUAGGCAUAAUGCUACAAUAGAAAAAUCUCAAGUCGGUUUUAUCGACUAUAUCGUGCACCCGCUGUGGGAAACAUGGGCAGAUCUUGUUCAUCCGGAUGCCCAAGAUAUUUUGGACACGCUAGAAGAGAACCGAGACUACUAUCAAAGUAUGAUCCCACCGUCACCACCACCAGCGCCCAUUCAAACGCAUUCUUUACCUGACGAUGAUCGCCCCGAACAAAUACGCUUUCAAGUAACUCUAGAAGAAGGGGAAGGCUCAGAAGAAUGCGAAGGAGAGGGCGACGGUGGAAUGUGACGGAAACUACUGGGAAUUUGUAAGAAACUCUCUGAGAAGAUGCAGGUGUGGUGGAAGCUCUGGCAGUAAAGCGCAGAACCACGAGGAGCUGGGCAAGGCUGCCAUCGAGGCAGGGCGAUUUCUUGUUGGAUAAUAAUAACACUUGUUGACGCUUAACGUCGAAAUGAAACGAUCUGCGGGUGUAUCGUAACAUUUCGAUUAUGAUUAUUUAUAUGUGAUUAUUAUGCAAUGUUGUUUAGAGUUACCUAACGACUAAAUAUGUCCCUCCAAUGACUGUGUAACAUUCAAUUGUCUAGUGUUUUUACUAUUGUUUCAUUAUGUCUAACCAAAGAUAUGGAAAUCAAUUCUUAAGUUCACAGAAAUGUUCAAUAUCCCUGUAAGUAGAUAGCAUUCGGUUCGUAAAUUUAAAGUCGUGUAAGUAGUUUUAGUCGCCGGCACCGUAUAUACCGGGUCGGCUAAGUAAGGACAUUGAAAACGCUUAUUAAUUGGUAUGAAAGGGUAAUUUAUAUUGUCAUAUCAUCCACUUUUCUCAUAUUUAAUACGGGUUUGCGAUAAUGAUGUUAAUCACCAAAAUAUAUUAACAUGAUAGGUAUCCUAAAUAUAAAUCUAUUUUAAGGUAAAUUUUAAAAAUUGCCUUUCGGAGUUGUUGUUGUGUCUUUUUUCUGAAUAUAUAAUAUUCGGCCAGCCUCUUACUGCGAAAAGACACGUUACCAAGUUCAUCCUGUUAGAUAGCUUUACUUGAUUUCGUAAUAGCACCACAUUUCUUGUGAAGGAUCGCUGGCGAUCCCAUUACUUUUUCUCUUUAGAAUAGUGUAUUAUUUUGUAAAUUACGUAUUAUACCUACUGUAGUUCUCUUUUACCCAAAUAUAUAAAAGAAAUUAGUCAUGGAUCCUUCAAGUAAAGGUUUUUGUGUAUGCAACUAACGGCUUGAAGUGUUUGAUUAAAGUUAAGUACUAACAAACGAGUGGUUUGCGACUAAGUUUUCUUUGAGUGAGUUCAAAUGUUUUCUGAAGUUAUUAAAUAAGUGCAAACUGUAAAAGCACGCGGGCCGGGUCUUGCAAUAGUACAUACUAAGUAGAUAGUUACAGAAGCACUCUCUCUUCGCACAACUCUCAUAUUCAUCUCCUUGUGCUGUUUAUAUUAGUCAUUCUUCGUUUUCACACAUUCUGAUAUGUGAUGGCUAAUAUUGACAUUCUAGCAGCAGAUCUGAUCAAAGUACCCCACCCAUUAUACUUAUUUCGUUUAAUAGCCAUAUCUACCUAUUAUGUUUAUAAACUAUAAGUACUUCAUUGUAUUAUUAUAACAUGUAAACGAAUCUUUCGUUUAAAAUAGAGUAUUUAUACUUAAUAACCUGUAUUAUUUUUGCAUUUCAUUGUUAUUCAUCAUCGUUGUUAAUGUACUGUUUUAUUAUGAGCUGGUCUCUAUGUUUUCAUGUACUCAACAGAUAUUUAUUGUGUAUAUCAUUUUAUUCUGGACAUUAGGUAAUUACAUUUCGUUCAAUGUUUUAUUUCCUAGUUGAGUAUUAUUUUGUGAGUACUUUCUAAGUCAUCAUUAGCAUUCAUCUGAGUCGAGAAUGAAGGUCCAAUGUACAUUAUUUUCGUAGGUAAUUUAAGAUUUGAUUCGGCGAUCAAAAAUAUUUAAAUACAGAAUUUCGCCAUGAUGUCUUCAAUAUGGGAAUGUAUAGGAUAGGAUUUGGACAUGAAAAAAAAAUUAAAACGCUUAACUACUUGUGUGUUAAAAUAGAGACAUUACGCUUAGAACGUUUGUUUUCUAAUGUAUAUGUAUUCGUAACGAAAUUGUGUUGAAUAAUGUUCGUACUACAGUAGAUCUGUGUAUAACACGUACGUACCCAAUCUUUCGUAACUUCGUAACUCACAUGUGAACAAAUUAAAUGUAUCUUCCUACCUAUUUUCCUGGAUAUUGUGCCGAUAUAGUAUUGUCCCAUUUAUGAUAUAAUAAUAUUGUAUCAAUCCAGCCAACAAGCAAUUUGCAAUGUUGACAGUCACGUAACUAGACUUGUAACACUAUGCUCGCAAUUAAAACUUAUUUCAAUAGACCUAAUUGCAAUAUUUAUACACCUAUCGACAGAUUUAACCUACGACAGACAAUCAAAUCUAUAGUUUGACACUUUAUAAGACGUGCGAAUAAGUAGAAUUGCUUAUAAAAUGUCAAACUAAAGCACAAUAUCCCACGAAUUCUUUAAUUCGUGCGCCUACUUGACAUGUCAAAUACAAGCACCAGCUUCAUUUUCGAGCGCAGUACCUACAAAAUUACUGUUAAAUCCAAACGUAUAUGGCAUGUCACAAUUCAAUAGAAUUUAGUAUUACCUACUUAAGAAUUAUUAUCAGAUUUUUUUCGCCAAAGUGGUUUCAGUGUUGUGUAAAAUGUUUUGUCAGUAUGGAGAACUAUCGCUAAGAUUGGAUAAUACCUAGAUAAAUUAAUAAUACCAAGUUAAAAGUGUGCAAUGCUGGUCAUUUGCAUUACUUUAUUUAUGUUUAAAAUAAAAAAAAAAUAGCUUGUAAUAGUUUAAAUGAAUAUUUGAGUUGAAUUAAAAAAUAUUAAUGUAUUUAGAAUAAAAAGAUAUGGGAGAAAACUCUAAAA